CGGGCCCGGAUUUGCACGCACUGAUUGGUGGCGCGGACCACGGCAGUGGCGUAGUAGGGGCGGUGGCGGCAGUUGGCCAAGGGUCCGGAGGCGGGGCCACAGGCCUCGGGUGCUGCCAGCCCGGCGAGCUACUACUUGGCCGCGGCGGGGUGCGGGCUGAGGCCAUGGGCGACCGCGGCGGCGCGGGCGGCUCCCGGCGCCGGAGGACAGGGUCGCGGCCUUCGAUCCAGGGCGGCAGUAGGCCAGCGGCAGCGGAAGAGGAGGUGCGGGAUGUGGGAGCCGGAGGGGACGCGCCGGUCCGGGACACAGACAAGGACGGAGACGUAGACGUGGGCAGCGGCCACUGGGACCUGAGGUGUCACCGCCUGCAGGACUCCCUGUUCAGUUCUGACAGUGGCUUCAGCAACUACCGCGGCAUCCUGAAUUGGUGUGUGGUGAUGCUGAUCUUAAGCAACGCACGGUUAUUUCUAGAGAACCUCAUCAAGUACGGCAUCCUGGUGGACCCCAUCCAGGUGGUGUCUCUGUUCCUGAAGGACCCCUACAGCUGGCCAGCUCUGUGCCUGGUCAUUGUGGCCAAUAUUUUUGCCGUGGCUGCAUUCCAGGUGGAGAAGCACCUGGCUGUGGGAGCCCUGACGGAGCAGGCGGGGCUGCUGCUGCACGGGGUCAACCUGGCCACCAUUCUCUGCUUCCCAGCGGCCGUGGCCUUCCUCCUAGAGUCCAUCACUCCAGUGGGUUCCGUGCUGGCCCUGAUGGUCUACACCAUCCUCUUCCUCAAGCUGUUUUCCUACCGGGACGUCAACCUCUGGUGCCGAGAGCGCAGGGCUGGGGCCAAGGCCAAGGCUGCUUUGGCAGGGAAGAAGGCCAACGGGGGAGCUGCCCAGCGCACCGUGAGCUACCCCGACAACCUGACCUACCGCGAUUUCUACUACUUCCUCUUCGCCCCAACCCUGUGCUACGAGCUCAACUUCCCCCGCUCCCCCCGCAUCCGAAAGCGCUUCCUGCUGCGGCGACUCCUGGAGAUGCUGUUCCUCACCCAGCUCCAGGUGGGGCUAAUUCAGCAGUGGAUGGUCCCGGCCAUCCAGAACUCCAUGAAGCCCUUCAAGGACAUGGACUACUCCCGCAUCGUGGAGCGCCUCCUGAAGCUGGCGGUCCCCAACCACCUCAUCUGGCUCAUCUUCUUCUACUGGCUCUUCCACUCCUGCCUGAACGCCGUGGCCGAGCUCAUGCAGUUUGGAGACCGCGAGUUCUACCGGGACUGGUGGAACUCCGAGUCCAUCACCUACUUCUGGCAGAACUGGAACAUCCCUGUUCACAAGUGGUGCCUCAGACACUUCUACAAGCCCAUGCUCCGGCGGGGCAGCAGCAAGUGGGCAGCUAGGACGGGGGUGUUCCUGGCCUCUGCCUUCUUCCAUGAGUACCUGGUGAGCAUCCCCCUGCGCAUGUUCCGCCUCUGGGCCUUCACCGGCAUGAUGGCACAGAUCCCGCUGGCCUGGAUAGUGGGCCGCUUCUUCCGUGGCAACUAUGGCAACGCGGCUGUGUGGCUGUCACUCAUCAUUGGGCAGCCAGUGGCCGUCCUGAUGUACGUCCACGACUACUACGUGCUCAACCGCGAGGCCCCAACAGCUGGCACCUGAGCCCCUCCAAGCUGGUUCCCUCAGGGGUGCUGGACUGCUUUGCCUCACCACUUGCCGCUGGACUGGAGCCUGCCCCCAACCUGGGUGCAGGGGAGGGGCCUGGCUGGUGGAAGCUGCCUCCUGGCCCCCACCAGGCUUCUCUGCCCCUGAGGAGCUUCCUCCUGCCAGGGGAUGGCAGGCCCAGUGCAGCUCUGGGAGGUGCCCAUGCUCUGGAAACCCUACAGAUCUCUCCCGAGGGUCUGAAUGUGUCAAUAAAGUGCUGUGCACAGUGA